AAACCACAGACGCAUCAAUUGGUUAUCAUUGGUCUACGGAUACUCUAUCCGGCAUUUUGAUGGCAAAUUAUCCGGAUGUCCAAUCCACCAAUCAGAUCACCGACAGUUCUCCAAGAUUGAUGCUGAAGUGGACCUGCGCCGCCGCGGCCCGCCGCUUCCAUACCCUUGGUUUGCAUCCAAAGCUGGUCCAUUCUCUCAAGCAAAAUGGCAUCCAUGAACCCAGCCAAGUGCAGCGCGUGGCCAUUCCCGCCAUCUUGGACGCCGCGCGGCCAGACGUGAUUGUGGGGGCAGAAACCGGCAGUGGCAAGACGUUGACGUACAUCUUGCCACUGCUAGAGCGCUUCCACGCGCAGUAUCCUCUCGGCCACGUUCGUAAACCCAUGGCGGUGAUCUUGGUCCCGACCCAAGAACUGGUCAAACAAAUCGAAACCGUGUUCGGCAUGUGCCAGGCCGACAUGACCGUCGCGUGUCUGACCAAAACCCACGCGAUUCCUCGCCAUGCCGCCGUGAUCGUAGGCACUCCGAAGGCCCUUCUACAACACGUGUCGGUCACGGACCUCCAAUUCGUCGAGUCCAUCGUCGUGGACGAAGCCGACAUGCUUCUGGGCGGGGGGUUUGAGCGCGACACAAAGCAAAUCCUCGGCGUGAUCCGCAACCAGCCUCUCUUGGACCCGUCGUUCAACGUGUUCCACGAGACCGCGUUCGACGGCGCCGUUGAGAUUCCAACGGCAUCGCAUGGCCGGCAAACCGUCUUCAGCGCCGCCACCAUCCCCACGUACGGACGACUGGCGGUCAGCGAGUACCUCAAGAAGAAGUUCCCCGACGCCGAAUACGCUAUCACAGACAAUUUUCACCGCACGGUGCCCACGCUUGAUCAAUCGUUUGUCCGAUUGAAUGAUUCGUCCGUCGACGCGCGACAACAGCUCUUGCUUGAGAUUUUGGCCAACGACAAGUCUGUUGGGACCACGUUGAUCUUUGUGGAUUCCGUGGCCAGCGCCAAGGCGUUGCAUGCAUUUUUGCAUGUACUUCAUGGCGUUCCAUGUACCAUGCUGCACAAGGAAAUUCCCCGUCAAGAGCGAUCGGUAGUGCUUGCUGCAUCCUCCUCAUCCAACGGCACGUCCAAGCACAUUGUGGUGGCGACGGACAUCGCCGCCCGGGGCCUGGACUUGCGGCAUGUAGGGUGCAUAAUUGACUAUUAUUCUUGGACGGCGAUAAAGUGAUGGUUCUGGAGAGAGGGAAAGUGGCGAUAAUAUGAUGGAAUUAGGUGAACCACGUGAUCCAAUACGAGUUUGCAACCAACGUCGUGGCCCAUAUCCAUCGUAUUGGACGCACGGCGCGUGCAGGCACCGUGGGCAAGGUGACCAACAUCAUCACAAGCGACAACGAGCUCGUGUACAACGAAGUCGCCGCCGCGGGGGCAACUGGGGCGCUCACCCAAGGGUUCAGUCGGCGCCGAAGUUUGCGCAAGAAAUUCAAAAAAGCAGCGCGGCCACAAGGGGACAGCGACCAAGAUGCAUACUAGAAAUAUAUACAACAUGCAUAUCUGAGUUUGCUUGUGUGCAA